AUGAGUUGUUCGUUUGCGCUGUUUCCUAGCCGGCGCCCAACUUUCACCUGUGGCUUAGACUACCUGUCUGCAUGCAAAAGCGGCGAUACGCCGCUGUUCAUUGCCGAUCUAUGCAUUUAUCUAUCUGAAGCUGUUAAUUAUCUAUCUAUCUAUCUAUCUAUCUAUCUAUCUAUCUAUCUAUCUAUCUAUCUAUCUAUCUAUCUGAAGCUGUUCAUUAUCUAUCUAUCUAUCUAUCUAUCUAUCUAUCUAUCUAUCUAUCUGAUGCUGUUAAUUAUCUAUCUAUCUAUCUAUCUAUCUAUCUAUCUAUCUAUCUAUCUGAUGCUCUGUUCAUUAUCUAUCUAUCUAUCUAUCUCUUCAGUCUGUUCAUUAUCUAUCUAUCUGAAGCUUCUGUUCAUUAUCUAUCUAUCUAUCUAUCUAUCUAUCUAUCUGAAGCUGUUCAUUAUCUAUCUAUCUAUCUAUCUUCAUUGUAUCAUUAUCUAUCUAUCUAUCUAUUUAUCUAUCUAUCUGAAGCUCAUUAAUUUCUAUCUAUCUAUUCAUCUGUUAAUUAUCUAUCUAUCUAUCUAUCUAUCUAUCUAUCUAUCUAUCUAUCUAUCUAUCUAUUCAUUAUUAAUUAUCUAUCUAUCUAUCUAUCUAUCUAUCUAUUCAUAUCUAUCUAUCUAUCUAUUUGAAGAUGUUCUAUCUAUCUAUCCCUAUCAAACUGUUCAUUAUGUAUCUAUUGUUCUCGAAUUUGCCAUCAUGCAUCUAUCUACCUAUCUGUUUACCUGCGUUAUCUAUCUAUCUAUCUAUCUAUCUAUCUAUCUAUCUAUCUAUCUAUCUGAAGCUGUUCAUUAUCUAUCUAUUAUCUAUCUAUCUAUCUAUCUAUCUAUCUAUCUAUCUAUCUAUCUAUUUGAAGAUAUGUUUUAUCUAUCUAAAUCUAUCUAUCUAUCUAUCUAUCUAAUCUGGUUGUCCUGUAUUUCUAUCUAUGUAUAUAGACAUUCGUAUCUAUCUAACGAUCUAUGUUUCAACCUCAGUAUCUAUUUCUUAACAAAAUAUUGGUUUCAUGAAAUAACUUCUCUAUCAUUCUAUUCCUAUCAAUUUAAUUACUCCUUUUCGUAUCUAUCUCUGUCUUAUCUAUUUCUGCUCUUAUCUAUCUAUCUAUCUAUCUAUCUAUCUAUCUAUCUAUCUAUCUAUCUAUCUCUGUUAUUAUCUCUCUGUCGACUCAUCUCUCUAUAUCUCUAA